UUGAGGGCAAAAUGAAAUCUUUUAUAAAGUGCAUCCACGUGGAUUACCAGUCGGAGCGCAGCGAGUCUUUUUACGAUAUUCAGCUUAAUGUGAAGGGCAUGAAGACUCUCUACGACUCUUUUAACGACUAUGUGGCCAUUGAGACGCUUGACGGGGACAACAAGUACCGAGCAGAGGGGUAUGGUCUUCAGGAUGCUAAAAAGGGAGUCAUUUUUCAGUCGUUCCCCCCCGUUCUUCAUCUGCAGUUAAAACGCUUUGAGUACGAUUUGUACGCCGACCAGAUGGUGAAAAUCAACGAUCGCUAUGAAUUUCCUGAUCACAUUAAUUUGGACAAGUACCUUGAAAAAAAGGAGCCUGGUUCUUUAGGGGGCUACACGCUGCAUGCCGUUCUUGUGCACGCUGGUGACCUCAAUGGCGGCCAUUACGUUGUCUUUAAUAAGCCUAAAAUUGGCGGUGAUUGGCUGAAGAUAGAUGAUGACCGCGUGACUAAGGUGGACGCUAAAGAGGCCAUUGAAGGCAACUAUGGCAGCGAUGCGGCCGUGAAUACCUCGGAAGUCGGCCAACUUCGGGACCCCCAACGCUUAAAAUUGAAGCACUAUUCCAACGCGUAUAUGUUGGUUUACAUACGCGAUAGCUGUUUGAAGGAAGUUUUAUGCGAAGUCUCUAUUAACGACGUUCCUCUACACCUCCGGGCUCGAUUCGAACGGGAAGAAGUGGAGGAGCAGCGCAAGUUAAGAGAAUUGGAAGAGGCUGCCACGUUAAUGGACGUCACUAUUAUUACUUUUGAUAAUCUGCGCAAUCAUACAUCUAUUGGAAUUUACGACUUUCCUAAAUCCGAUCAACCCCUUCGCGUGAAAAGGAGCACCACAAUUCAAGAAUUAUAUAAUAUUGUUGAGAAACUUGUGGGGUUGCCUCCCCAACAAUUCCGAUUAUGGAAAUUCACUUCUUUUUCUGAUAGCCCGUCUACACCCAGCGUUUACCUCAACAAAGCUAAAAGGUCGAUGACACUUUCCCAACAUUCACAGUAUGAGAUGAAGUUAUUUGUGGAGAAUGUCAUGUUAACUAGCGUGCAAGACAAUGAGCUUCUCGAUAAAAUAUUAAUUUUUUUCAAGUUUUACGAACCGUUGCAUUCGCAAUUAUCUAUUAUUGGUUACGAUUAUAUUUCCUCCCAUUCCACACUGCUUGAUAUCAUCCCGCUAUUUAUAAAAAUGACCGGUUUGGACCCUCAAACACGCUUUACAAUCUUCAAGGAAGAAUGCAAACUCGCGCGCGAGUGCGUUACAACUGUUACUAUUGGCCGAAAUCUUCGGCACGGAGAUAUCCUUAUUUUUCAAGAAAACAUCCCCAACAAUUGCGAGUUCCCAACAGCCGAGCACUACUGCGCCCGCUUGGCAAAGCACGUUGAUGUCACCUUUAAAUUUGCGGGCGAAUAUUGUGUGCAGCAGUACUUCAAAGAUAAUAAGGAGCUUUCAACAGCCGUCAAGGAUUCUUAUGAAUUCAGUGAGCCGUUUACUUUAAAUUUAUUAGCUGACAUGAACUAUGAUCAGGUUGCUGAAUUGGUAGCUGAACAUAUAAAAUUCCAGCAUCCCGAACGGAUUCGAUUUUUAAGCGAAAACCCAAUCACUGGAAAACCUGAUCAUGCAUUUAAAAGAAAAAAGUUGCGCCAUGAAACUCUUAAAACGGUCAGCGAUUUCAUGAGUAAAUGUCGAAGCAGUAGAAUGCUGUCGAUUUUUUUCGAGCUUCUCGAUAUCAGCGUGAGCGAGCUCGAAGCCAAAGUUUUGUUGCUUAUUAACUUUAAUGGCCGCAAUCACAAACUCCUCAUGGACCCGAGCGAAACCGUGGAAGAGGCGACCGCCCGCCUUCUGUCCGCCACGGGCCAAUCAGAAAAGUCGCCCGAUGCCUACCGUCUUUUGGAAAUAAAACACUUCCAGAUUGCCCACGUGUGUGAUACGCUCACCACGUGUGGCGAACUCCCGCUGGGCACAGAUUUUCGACUUGAGGAAAUUCCAGAAGACCAACAGGAGCUCGACGACGAACGAGAAACUCUCGUGCCUGUUUGCCACUUCCACCAAAAGCCAGAUAACCUCCACGGGCAGCCGUACCUAGUGCGCCUCGUAAAGGGAGAACCGCUAGAUAAAACACGUGACCGCAUACGAAAGGCUGGCGGUUUUUCAGAGGCCAAUUUCAGCAAAUGGCGCCUCUGCGUGGUGGCGGACGGCCACUCUAAAUAUUUAGACGACGACAGCGCUAGUGACGUUUGCUUGUAUACGCUUGUGGUACAAUCAGAUGCUGACUUUGUUGGUUUGGACAGGCCUGGUCGCAGCGUCCGCCUUUCUCGUCCUGAAAUUCCACUUGUUAUCCACCAAUGAAUUUUUUUAUUAAUUAUAUUACAUUAAAGGCAAUUUGAAUAAAA